AUGACGCAGUUCAUCGGCCACUCCAACCACCGUAUGACGGGCCAUUCCGAGUGCUACGUCGAGAUCGCACAGUUCCCGGAGGUCCUGGGAUGCAUAGAUAGCACACAUGUGCAAAUCAAGCCUCCUAAGGACCAGGAACACGUGUACCGAAACAGGAAAGGCCUCUACUCAAACAAUGUACAGGCUAUCUGCAAUGCUGAGGGUGCCAUCACGCAGCUGGCAUCAUGGUUGCCCGGAAGCACUCACGACAGCUUUGUUUGGGCAAGCUGUGACCUGCGGAGGUGCUCUGAAAGAGGGGAAUUGCCUGACGGCUGGUUGCUAGGUGACUCUGGGUAUGCCUUAGAGCCAUGGCUGCUCACCCCUCUAAGGUCUGCGGCUGGCCCAGCGGAGGAACGCUCUAAAGCAGCCCAUACCCGGACGAGGCAGGUCAUUGAGCGGACCUUUGGAAUUCUCAAGGGACGCUUCACCUGCCUGCAUCAAUCCGGGGGUGUUCUGCAGUAUAGCCCAGCAAUGUGCGCCAAAAUUAUGGUGGCAAGUGCGGUGCUGCACAACAUGUGUGUCCGGCAUGCCAUUAGCCUUGACGCUACUGAUGCUGUUUCUUCGGUGAUCGUCUUCGUGGUGCUGCACUGCCGAUUCGCUCUCUUGGACGGCGCUGAAUCACCCACACGGGGUGAAUCUGCGACUGCGCAGCCACUUCGUGCUGUGUUACUAGAAUCGGAAAAUUCACCACUGGAGAUCGCUGCUAUCGCGGCUAGCCCUAUAAACAAGCCGGCAUCGACGCCCACUCUUCACUGGCAGCAGCGGCAUCCCAUGAUCGCCAUCUAA